UAUAUCUUUAAUAGAUGUCCAAUUUACAUGUCUAUACAACACCUAUAGCCAGUACUCAUACUUCACCUUUAUCAUUCAAUAGUUAUCAACAACAACAACAACAAACCGAUGAAGAAGCAUUAGUAGAUUCGAUAACAUCUUCAGAUGAAGAAGACAUCAAUGAUUAUAGACAAGGUGGAUAUCAUGUGGUACAGAUCGGUGAUACUUUUGAUAACGAUCGUUAUAUUAUCAAAGCAAAGAUGGGUUGGGGAUACUUCUCUACAGUUUGGUUAGCAAAAGAUACAGUGCUCAAUCAACAUGUAGCUCUCAAAAUUGUGAAAUCCGAUCCUCAUUUUUGCAAGAGCGCUUUAGAAGAAAUUGAAUUAUUAGAACAAGCCCAACAAGCAUCAACAGUUAAUCAACAAGAAAACGGACAUCAAUAUGUUGCACAACUGUUACAUCACUUUUGGAUUGAUACCACAACAGAUGGAAACAACGGUGAAAAACAUGUGUGUAUGGUUUUUGAAGUAUUGGGGGAAAAUCUCUUAUCAGUCAUGAAACGAUUUCAUUAUCGAGGAUUACCGGUGCCUAUGGUAAAAAGAAUUACUCGACAAAUCUUGGAAGGAUUGGCGUUUUUACAUGAUACUUGUGGUAUUGUACAUACUGAUAUCAAACCUGAAAAUAUUUUGAUAUGGAUCCCGGAUGUCGAAACUUAUUUGAACAAUAGUGAACCAUCUUCAACAACAACAAUAACUGCACCAUAUACACCUAUCUCUCCUAUCGAUCCUUCUUCUCCUUCAUCUUCUUCAAGACGGGUUAAACGUAAAACGAAACGACAGGAAAAACGGACUGAAGAUCCACCUAUUACAGGAAAAAGUGGGACUUCAUUCACACUCGAGAAUCAUUUAUCAACACUAAACUUGAACGUAUCAUCACAACCAACACCAAGAAUUGUUCGAUCUUCAGCAAUAGAUUGUACAGUCAUAAUAAAGAAGGAUGAAUAUGAUGAUGCUUGGCAUGAUCGCAUUACUGUCAAGAUGGUGGAUUUGGGAAAUGCGUGUAGAGCAGAUGGUCGAUUUAACCAUGUGAUACAAACAAGACAAUAUCGAAGUCCUGAAGUCAUUGUUGGUAUGCCUUGGAAUGAUCGUGCGGAUAUUUGGAGUUUAGGUUGUUUGGUAUUUGAACUUUUGACUGGUGAUUAUCUAUUUGAUCCUAAAUCAGAUUCAAAGUAUGGGAAAGAUGAUGAUCAUUUGGCCAAAAUCAUUGAAUUGACGCGUGUGGUUCCAAGAACAUUAACGAUUGGUGGUGACUAUUCAAGAGAAUUCUUCAAUCAAAAGGGUGAACUCCGACAUGCCAAGAACCUUCGUUACCGCCGUUUACGCGAUGUGCUUCAUGAUACCUAUUUUAUGCCACCCGAUCAAGCGGAUAGUAUUAGUGAAUUCUUAUCACCAAUGUUGGAAGUAGAUAUGGCCAAACGAUCAAGUGCAAAGGAUAUGUUGAAACAUCAAUGGCUUGUUUGAUAAUAUUUUUGUAGUAUUUAUAUAUAUAGUAUACAUAGUUUAUAUAGUUCAUAGUUUUAUUAGUUAAUUAGAAGUUAGUUAGAUUUGAUUGAUAAAAUAUACAUAUUUUUUUUUUUUAAUGCUCC